GCUAUAUGCAUAACUACGAAAUACAACUGUACCUUGCUAUGUUAGCCACAAGGAGCCUCUUAAUGUUAGCUAGCAAAUAAAAGUAUUAUUUUUGAGAUUUGGAAAUGACAGCUUUUGCAGAUAAUUAAUGAAAGAUCUACCUGUACAAAGCAAGCGACGUCUGGAUUUUUGGUUUCAGUGCGUCUUUGAUUUUAUGAGAGGUGUAUCUGACCAAAGCAGGGAACCAAAGCAGUGGAAGCACCUACUCCAGCUGAUUUAGAAAUGUUAAAGAAUGAUAGCAGCACAGGACUUGCACACAGAUUAUCAGUUCCUCAAGAGGCAGAGUCUCAGUUGUCUUCAGAUACUGACCUUGAGGAUCCUGAUGGCAAAAAUGCGAAGACAAGGAAAGGAAUGGCUGCCAGGAAAGGAAAGAAGGUGUUGGGAGACAAGGCUAAAGGUGGAGGAGCUGGAUGGGGUCCUGGUGUUGGCUGGGUGAACGGUCAUCAUCAGGAGAACGGGAUGGAGAAUAUGACCUUGUUUGAAGUGGUCAAAAUGGGGAAGAGCGCCACACAGUCAGUUGUUGAUGACUGGAUUGAGGCCUACAAACAUGACAGAGACAUCGCUCUCUUGGACUUAAUCAACUUCUUCAUCCAGUGUUCUGGCUGUAAAGGUGCUGUGAGUGGCGAGAUGUUCAGACAUAUGCAGAACUCUGAGAUCAUCCGAAAAAUGACAGAGGAGUUUGAUGAGGACAGCGGCGAUUAUCCAUUAACGUUGUCUGGGCCACAGUGGAAGAAAUUCAGAAUAAGCUUCUGUGACUUCAUUGCCGUGCUUGUGCGUCAGUGUCAGUACAGCAUCAUCUAUGACGAGUAUAUGAUGGACACAGUCAUCUCCCUGCUCACUGGCCUGUCUGACUCACAGGUCAGGGCUUUUAGACAUACAAGCACACUAGCAGCCAUGAAGUUGAUGACAGCUUUGGUGAAUGUCGCUCUGAACCUGAGCAUUAAUAUGGACAACACACAGAGACAGUAUGAGGCAGAGAGGAACAAGGUCAUCGCUAAAAGGGCCAAUGAAGGUUGGAGCUCUUGUUGCAAAAGCGAAAAAGAGCUCCAGGAAAAUCAAGAUGAAAUUGAAAAUAUGAUGAAUGCAAUUUUCAAAGGAGUGUUUGUUCACAGAUACCGUGAUGCCAUUGCAGAAAUCCGAGCUGUUUGUAUUGAAGAGAUUGGAGUAUGGAUGAAGUUGUACAGUGAUGCCUUCCUCAAUGACAGUUACCUUAAAUAUGUUGGUUGGACGAUGCAUGACAAGCAAGGUGAGGUGCGGCUGAAGUGCCUGACUGCCCUGCAAGGCCUGUACUACAACAGAGAACUCGGCACUCGACUGGAGCUCUUUACAAGUCGAUUCAAGGAUCGUAUUGUGUCUAUGACUCUGGACAAGGAAUACGAUGUCGCAGUGCAAGCCAUUAAACUUCUAACACUUGUCUUACAGAGUAGUGACGAGGUUCUAACAGCAGAGGACUGUGAAAGUGUAUAUCAUUUGGUUUACUCAGCACAUCGACCCAUUGCUGUUUCAGCAGGGGAAUUUCUGUUUAAGAAACUCUUCAGCCAUCGGGGUCCUGAGGAGGAGGGUUUACCCAGGAGGGGCAGACAGAGUCUCAAUGGCAGCCUCAUCAAAACUACAGUUUUCUUCUUCUUGGAAAGUGAACUGCAUGAACAUGGGGCCUACUUGGUGGAUAGCCUGUGGGACUGUGGAUCAGAACUGUUAAAGGACUGGGAGACCAUGAUCAGUCUGCUUUUGGAUGAGCCCAUGCCAGGGGAGGAGGCCCUGACAGAUCGGCAGGAGACGGCGCUGGUUGAGAUCAUGCUCUGUGCCAUUCGACAGGCUUGUGAAUGUCACCCACCAGUGGGCAGGGGUACAGGAAAGAGGGUUCUGACCGCAAAAGAAAAGAAAACACAGCUGGACGAUAGAACAAGGGUCACGGAGAUGUUUGCUGUUGCAUUACCACUGUUACUUGCAAAGUACUGCGUUGAUAUUGAUAAGGUGACUAAUUUGCUGCAAAUACCAAAGUACUUUGAUCUUGACAUCUACACAACUGGACGCUUAGAAAAGCAUUUGGAUGCUCUGCUGCGGCAGAUCUGGGAGGUUGUGGAUAAGCACACAGACACUGAAGUCCUUGAAGCCUGCUCUACAACCUACCACUAUUUGUGUAAUGAAGAGUUUACCAUAUACAACCGAGUGGACAUCACCCGAUCUCAGCUUCUUGAUGAACUGGUUGACAAGUUCAGCAGACUCCUGGAGGACUUCCUGCAAGAGGGUGAAGAACCAGAUGAUGAUGAUGCCUACCAGGUUUUAUCUACCCUCAAGAAGAUCACAGCUUUUCACAACGCACAUGACCUCUCUAAGUGGGAUCUCUUCACCAGCAACUACAGACUUCUCAACACAGGUCUGCAGAAUGGGGAUAUGCCCGAACAGAUUGUGGUUCAAGCUAUGCAGUGCACACAUUAUAUCAUCCUCUGGCAUCUAGCAAAGGUCUCUGACAGUGCAUCCACACAGGGUGAUAUGGUGACCUUGAGAAAGCAAAUGAGAGCCUUCUGUUUGAUGUGUCAGCGUUACCUAAACAGCAUCAACACUGCAGUUAAAGAGCAGGCCUUCACCAUACUAUGCGAUCUGCUGAUGAUCUUCAGUCACCAAAUUAUGUCUUCAGGACGGGAGCAGCUGGAACCUCUGGUCUAUACGCCAGACUCCACUUUACAGGCAGAGCUGCUCAACUUCAUCCUGGACCAAGUGUUCAUUGAUCAGGAUGAUGACAAUAAUAGCACAGAUGGACAACAUGAUGAUGAGGCUGGUAAAAUAGAGGCCCUGCAUAAACGGAGAAACCUUCUUGCUGCCUAUUGCAAAUUGAUCAUUUACAAUAUUGUUGAGAUAAACACAGGGGCAGAUAUAUUUAAACAGUAUAUGAGGUAUUACAACGAUUAUGGAGAUAUCAUCAAGGAAACAAUGAGUAAAACAAGACAAAUUGACAAAACACAAUGUGCAAAGACGCUCGUACUGAGUCUGCAAAAGUUAUUCAAUGAGAUGCUGUCUGAGCUUGGCUGCAAUAUUGACCGCUCAACAUCAGCAUUCUGUGGUAUUAAAGAGCUUGCCCGACGCUUCUCGCUGACGUUUGGCUUGGAUCAGUUGAAGACCAGGGAGGCCAUUGCAAUGUUACAUAAAGAUGGGAUUGAGUUUGCUUUUAAGGAACCUAGUCCUCAAGGAGAAGGGGGUCCACCUCUAAAUUUAGCCUUUUUGGAUAUACUGAGUGAGUUCUCCAGCAAACUGAUUCGACAGGACAAGAGGACAGUUCACAUGUACCUGGAACGUUUCAUGACGUUUCAAAUGGCCCUGCAGCGAGAGGACUGCUGGCUGCCCCUCAUCUCAUACCGAAACUCCCUGCAGGCCGGAGGAGACGAUGACACCAUGUCUGUCAUCAGUGGGAUCAGCAGCCGAGGUUCCACCAUCAGGAGUAAGAAGCCUAAACCGGUUACUGCUGCCAAAAGGAAAUUACCUGAAGAAGAGAACAGUUGCAGCAGCACUGAUGCAGUUUGGAUGAACUGUGAGCAGAACGUGCAGACGCCGGUGAUGAUGCCUUCGCCUCACCUCACCUCCACUGUACUGAGGGAUCCAAAGAAGAUGAGACCAGAAAACAGCUACACGUCUGCAUACACGAUGCCAUCAGAGCAACAUCCCCAUCAGCCUGUGCCUCCACAGACACAGGAGCAACACCAUCACCACCAGGCUGCCAUUGAUUACAAUACGCAGGUUACUUGGAUGUUAACACAGAGGCAACAAGCUGAGGCGCGUCAACAACAAGAGCGGGUCAACAUGCAGUACGCCAAGAUGAGGAACCACAUGCAGCAAGCAAUUCGUCGCAGCUCUGGACUUAUGGAGGAUGAUGAGCAGCCAAUUGUUGAGGAUGUGAUGAUGUCAUCAGAGGACAUCAAUGAGGGCAUGGAUUUUGACACAAUGGACAUUGAUUUGCCGGCAUCAAAGAAUCGAAGAGAACGAACAGAAUUAAAGCCAGACUACUUUGAUCCAUCUUCUAUCAUGGAUGAUUCGGUUCUCAAUGUUUCAAUGUUCUAAGACAAUGUGGACCCAUUGAGGACAUUGUACAUUCAAAAUCCUUGGAGGAUGUGAUGGAUGAGUGUUUUGUAAACUCUGAAUGGAGAGAAACAGACUACUGAACAUGGUUUGUGAGACACCAAUGUUUGCCUCUACAACACUUUGUCAUAUUUAGAGGGACAUUUUGAAUUUGAAUCUGAUAUUUUCACACACCAGACUUUUGUCACACUGCAAGAGAAAGGUGUUGGCUUUCUUAACUCUGGACCCGCUUUUGCCAGCGCAAGAUGUUACGAUGCUUUGUUCAAUAAAAGUGCCAGUAGAGAAACUUACUCUUCAUUAUGUGACAGGUGCAUAGUGAGGAGACAAUAACAGACUGAAAUUCAAAUGAUUAAUAUAUACCUUUAAUUUUUUUUUUUUUUUUUGACAAAAAUUGUCUGAUGUAAAUACAUAGUGGCCAAUAUACAGGAAAAGUGAACACAACUUCAUGACCAACAGUGAAGUGAUUAUAUAAUAGCCAAAAACAAUUCUAUGUUUGCAAUUCUUACAGCAUUCAGUUGUUGUUGAACACUGAAAUUGUGUCGCAGAGGUGCUGAUUCAGCACAGUGGUACUUUUAUUUUUACCUUUAAUUACAUGCUCAAAUCAACAUCCCUUUGACACAGUGUGAACAGAAAGUGAUCACAAGGCUUGUGACUUCAGCAUUUGUUUCAGGGCCAUUAAAAUAAAUUGCAUUUAACUGUAAAGGUGUUGAUGACAUUGUGUCCACUUGCUGUACUUAUGAAUUGUAGAUUUUGGCAUGGCAUGUAGCCAUAUAUCAAAACAUGUACAUGUACACAGUAAAGUAAAAUGUGAACAGGCAUCUCAUACUGUUUAAAAGCCUUGCCACAGAUGAUAUACAGCAUUCUCAGAUUUCUCUGUGAUGGUAUUUUUUAGAAAUUUCUGUGUUCUGCUUUUAUACCUUAUAGAUAACUUUGAUUUUUAGAUAUUUUGUAAUGACAAUCAAAUGUAAAAUAAUGGUUUCUAAUCAUGUUAUUUCUCAUAUGCUGAAAUAAUCCUUUUUAAUGGACAGAUUAUGUUAUUAUAAAUAGGCCCAGCUGUUUGUAUUUUCUUUUCAUCUCUCUUGUACUAAAAGGUGAAAAGUCAUACAUGACUAUGAACUGACGACUACAUUUUUCAUUGUUUUAAUAUUCACAGCACUCAUAAUGUCAUACAUGGCUUGACCUUAAUCACUUGCUUUAUCCAAUAUCUUGAAUAUUUUUGUCCAUUGUAUAUUAUCUAAUAUUGUCAAAUAACAUAAACAUGCUGUAGUGCAAUCUUUAAAAGAAAGAAUCUGAAAAAGGGUUGAGAAAGUUGUUUGCAUUUUUGUUUGAUGUGGGGGUUUUUUUUUUUGUUUGGUUGGGUUUUUUUGUUGUUCAAAAUAUUUUAAUUUUUUGGUGUGUCACUGUCAAGUGUAUAAGAGUUACAUAAAUAUUCUAAAUGACAAAAGUUUUAGGGUUAUUUAGUCAACUAUUAUAGUAUCACAAAUGUAUAUUAUACAGAUUCAAAUGUGUAAUAUAUUGUGAAUCGGUGCUCUUUUUAUAUUUGCUGAUUUUGAUUGCCUGAAAUUUUAGAUAAAGGUUUAAGAACUAGAAUGUAACUAUUUGAAGUUAACCUACUAAUUUACAAGUAUACAUACAGUACACUUAUUUGUUUGUCUUUUAAUGGACAGUUGAGAUUUCUUUACAAGUAUGUGUUUGGGCUGGUCAGCAGAUGCUGACUUUAUGGGAAAAUAUAUAGUAGCUAGACACAAAACCAUAAUUUCCUCAAAAUCAAGCUAUAAACUGGAGAAACAGACCAUGUGGUCUUAGAGGUUUAUCAUAUACAGCACAUACUAACUAUUCAUGGUAGGCAUCUUAGACUUGCCUGUAAAUGUACAUUAAUCAUUUAAUAUGGGAUCUUUUCUGUUUUACAUUGAACUGCUUAAAAUGUGCAUACAUCUGUUUGUUUACACAUAUUUAAAUGAUUGUGUAUAUUAAAUUUGUGUUUUAUUCUAUUUACAAAGUGCCCAUUGCAUCCUUUAUGAUUUAUAUUUAUGUUAGGAGAUGUAACAUGAACAGAAUAAACCCUUGACAAACUGUG